GCGGUUGCCGUGGUAGCGCCUGCCGGAGGGAGGGCGGCGGCGCGGGGCCAGGACCCCGGCGGGCAGAGGCGGCGACGCGGCCACUCGAGAGUGUGCGGCCGGCCGGGCAGCUGAGAGGCGGGCGUCCCGCCCUGCUGGCCGGUGGGGAUGCGGGACCGGCUGCCCGACCUCACGGCGUGUAGGAAAAGCGACGAUGGGGACAGUACUGUCGUCAUCGCUGAGAAGGACCAUUUCAUGGAUGAUUUCUUCCAUCAGGUGGAGGAGAUUCGAGGCAGCAUAGCCAGGAUUGCUCAGUACGUGGAAGAUGUGAAGAAGAACCACAGCAUCAUCCUUUCUGCCCCAAACCCAGAAGGAAAAAUAAAAGAAGAGCUGGAAGACCUGAACAAAGAGAUCAAGAAAACCGCUAACCGGAUCCGAGGCAAGCUGAAGGCUAUUGAGCAGAGUUGUGAUCAGGACGAGAGUGGGAACCGAACUUCUGUGGACCUGCGGAUACGCCGGACCCAGCACUCGGUACUGUCCCGGAAGUUUGUGGAGGUCAUGACGGAGUACAAUGAAGCGCAGAUCCUGUUUCGAGAGCGAAGCAAAGGCCGGAUCCAGCGCCAGCUGGAGAUCACUGGGAAGACCACCACUGACGAUGAGCUGGAGGAGAUGCUGGAGAGUGGGAAGCCGUCCAUCUUCAUCUCAGAUAUUAUAUCAGAUUCACAAAUCACUAGGCAAGCUCUCCACGAGAUCGAGUCACGUCACAAAGACAUCAUGAGGCUGGAGACCAGCAUCCGAGAGCUGCAUGAGAUGUUCAUGGAUAUGGCCAUGUUCGUGGAGACCCAGGGUGAAAUGGUCAACAACAUCGAGAGAAACGUGAUGAAUGCUGUAGACUACGUCGAACACGCCAAGGAAGAAACCAAGAAAGCCAUCAAAUAUCAGAGUAAAGCCAGGCGGAAGGUGAUGUUCGUCCUCAUUUGUGUAGUCACUUUGCUUGUGAUCCUUGGAAUUAUCCUAGCAACAGCAUUGUCAUAGCAACCGCAGCACCCCAAGAGCUCUUUGUCCUCAGAGACUCCGGCCACUCCUGCAGCAGAGUCCCGUCCUGUCCUUUCACCAUCGACUCUCAGACCCCAGGCCCAGGCCGAGUGCUGAGGUUUUUAUCUGUGAGGAAGAAUAAAACGCCCCAGAGGGUUUCAUGCCAUGCAAACCCCAUGAGCCUAGAGGACGCAGCACGCCGGCCCGGAUAGCCCGGAUAGCCCGGAUAGCCCGGAUAGCCUUGGUCUCUGAAGGCCGCCGCCGCCGCCGCCGCCGCCGAGAUUUCACAAUGGCGGCCUUGUCUCAGUAGCCUUGAAAUAUUGAAAUAGGAAUGAUUGAAAAAUCCUAAAAAGAAGAUGUCAGUGUUACAGAUUUGUGUGCAGUUUAAUUAGGGUGUGCUCUGUGCUCUCGCUGACAGUGAUAAUGAGGAGACUUGGCGCCGGGCCUGAUUUCUGUCCAUGUUUUGCUUGCAGAAUCAUCACAGAACUGUUUUGUAAGGUAUCUGUAAUUUUAAAUAUCUAUAAAUUAAAUUCCUUAAUAUAUUAACAUCCAAACCCCUUUUUUGAAGCUGGACACUGCCUUGAGAAUGCCCUAGGCAGCCAUGUACGGGUUGUCACUGGGAACGUGGUCUCACAGCCCUCAGGGCCUUUCGUCAGCGCUUUCUGGUGACCCUGACCUAGAAGUGUAAGGGUCGGAGAAGGCUUGAUUGUCGUUAGCUCCUUUCUACCGACUUCAUUAUGGAGGUGACAAGCAGGCAUGCGGUGUGCUGCACUCACGUGGCCCUCCUCCCUCACUGGUGCUGGCGGAGUUUCAAGGCAAGUCUUCGAGACAGAACCAAGACUUGGUGCUCACUAAUCUCAAGGGAAUGGUCCCAGCUGCAAAGCCGUUCUUGGGCAGCAUCCGAAGGAUCAGAUGCUCAGCUGAACCCCCACUAGUGCCCAGAGUUCCUAAGAAACUAUGAUGGAUGGUAUGAAGAUGUGGGCUGUGUGGCCCAGUGACUGCGUUGUACCUGUAUGCUGAUCCGCUGACUGAGUAUGUGAAGGACACCAAAGCCUAGUGAACUGUGCCGACUGCUGACUGUGUGUGUGGAUGCUCCCUCUGUCCCAGCCCCAUUUGGCUGGAUCUGAUGGAGCCACAAUCGUGAGAGAUACCGACCUGUUUAGAAAGCACUCACUCGCCUCCCCACACCUCCCAGCCUCACACCCCAUGUGCCAGAGAGUGACUGGCUGCACAGGCUGGGCUACGUGUCCUGGUCCAGAGCUAGUCUGCAGUGGAGAGCCCUGAAGAUGGAGCUGGGUUUGUGGAGCUCCUACCCCCUCUGCUCCAGUGCCAUCGGAUUUAGCUGCAGAGGACCUGCAUGCCACCGAGGUUCCCACCACUCGUGGCCAGGGCUCCUUCAAGUCCAGCCUGAGUCCUUGGCCUGCAGUGUGCUCAAGUGGCCUCUUGACCAAAGCGGGUGCCUGAAUCUGGCUUUCUAGUGAAGUGCAGGGGUGUGUGGGUACGUGAGUCAGCCCUCAGGAUAUAUUUCUAUGCUGACUUCAUAGCCUGUUUAAAAAUACAUUUACAGAUUGUCUUGUUACUUUUUCCAACGAUUUAUUAAAAAAAUUUUGUGUUUACAUUAAAAAGUUCUCAG